GAGCUGAGCGUCGAGGAGCAGCUCGUCCGCGUCAUCGGCAACGGGCGGUCGUGGAUCCCGGGCAUGGAGCUGCUGGACCCGGGAUCGGCGAACGUGCAGAUCUUCGACAUCGUCAUCAUGAUCAUCCUCUUCAUCGUCUUCGUGACGCUGCCCAUGUCGCUCGCGUUCGAGGAGAUCAACUCGUCGAUGAUCGUCGCGAACAUCGUCUUCGACUCCAUGUUCAUGCUCGACGUCGUCAAGCACUUCAACGUGGGCUACUUCACGAGCGACAUGGCCCUGGUCAUGGACCGGCAGCGCAUCGCCAAGGAGUACCUCCGGGGCUGGUUCCUCGUGGAUCUGGUGUCGUCCGUGCCCAUCUCGGACAUCCUCGAGCUGCUGAGCCGGUCCAAGGGCGACUACAUGGCCCUGCUGCGGUCGAAGAACGGCCUGCGGCUGCUGAAGAUGAUCCGCAUCACGAAGCUGCUGAAGAUGCUGCGGGGCACGCAGCUCCUGAGCUACUUACGCGCGACGCUCGUCGACACGCUCGACCGCUUCAACGUGAAGAUCAGCGACGCCUUCGCGAAGAUGUUCUGGCUCUUUUUUACGCUGCUGACCCUGGCCCACUGGCUCGGCUGCCUGCUCUACUUCGCCGUGCGCCUCUGGAGCUUCCCGCGGACGUCGUGGGUCGUGCUCGCGGGCCUCGUCACGCACGAGGGCACGCCGCUGAUGAACGUGCUGAGCCGCUACCUCUGGUGCCUCCACAAGAUCCUGCUCGUCUUCGUGAGCGUGGCCUACGAGUACCCGGCGACGUCGCAGAUCUGCAUGGAGACGACGGGCUGGUGCCGCGUCGAGUCGUGGAUCACGCUGCUCUGCCUCUACAUCGGCACGCUCUUCUACGCGCUCCUCAUCUCGAACCUGAGCGCCAUCGUCGUGAACCAGAACAUGUCGCACCGGCGCUUCGAGGAGCAGCUGUCGACGACCCUCGAGUUCCUCCGGAGCAAGAAGAUCCCCAAGUCCGUGUGCCGCAAGGUCAAGGAGUACUACUACCUGCGCUACAACGACGGCCGCCUCUACGACGAGGCCAUGAUUUUGGACAACCUGAGCCCGGAGCUGCGCAAGGAGGUCUGGCGCUGCUCGAGCCGCGAGCUCAUCCCCAAGGUGCCCCUCUUCCGCGAGCACACGACGGCCUUCUUCGACGCGCUCGCCGUGAACCUGACGCCGACGAUGUGGUUCCCGGGCGACGUCAUCGUCCAGGAGGGGUCCGUGGGCAAGCACGUCUUCUUCAUCCACACGGGCCUCUGCUCGCUGCACCUGCGGAGCGUCGAGGACGACGACGUGCGGAUCCUCGCCGACGGCUGCUUCUUCGGCGAGGCCGCGAUCCUAUUGAAGACGAAGCGGUCCUGCACGGUCCGGGCCUGCACCAUGGUCGAGACCUUCGUCGUCGAGGAGGACGUCUUCACGGAGGUCUGCGACGAGUUCCCGGAGAUCGCGGACUACCUGCACAAGCUCGCGCGGCAGCGGCAGACGUGGCUCAAGCACCUCGACAUCUCCCGCGCGUACCGCGGCGUCGACGCCAAGGUCGUCCACCCGGACUACGUGGACCCGGAGGACGCCCUGACGCCCCUCUUCCAGCUCCUGUCCAUCGAGCUCGGCCCGACGCACCGCCUCGGGAGGCGCGCGGCCGCGCCGAAAAAUGGUCCGGGGCGUCCCGGCCGCGCGUCUCGAGCUCCGUCGCGUCGACGUCGUUCCGGCCGACGGUCGCGGACGAGGCGUCGUCGCUCGGCGAGUGCUCGACGCGCGCGGCGUCGCGUCGCGACCGCGCGUCUACGUCGAAGGACCGUCGUCUCCGAACGAAUGGCUCGCAUCGUUUAUGAUAUAUACGUUGGGCAAUUAUAA